AUGGUUGUGCCGCAUCUCGAGCAGCACCAGCAGCAGCGCAGACAGGAACAGCAGCAAACUGUCCCUGUCAGCAGCCACCACGUGGGCAUCAUCGUGCCCUUGCCAUCUCUGCAGAGUUGCUUCGUACGCCUUAGUGGCCCCCCCUCUGCUUCUUCUCUGUGGCAGCAGCAGCGCCACUUCUGCCGUGUGCUGCAGCUGCAGCAGCUGCUGCCGCGGCAGCAAGGCAUCUCCCCAGGCUCCCAGGCUCUGUCUGCAGAGGCAGAGGCCCCAGCUCGAAGCCUCGCUGAGGCAGCAAAAUUAGUUGGGGCCCCUCAGUUGUAUGUAGGCUGGAUAGGAGCGGGUUUGGGCCCCGCAGAUGCCGGGGCCGUCAAGGAAGCAACAGCAGAAGCAGCAGCAGCAGGCACACGUCUCGACGAUGUUGUGUACAUUGGCGUUGCUACUGCUCUCUGCUCUUUGCUGGGCCUUGCCAAAGGGGAGCGAGUAGUGGUUGCUGCAGUAGACGUGGACCAGCUAGAGCAGCAGCAGCAGCAGCAGCAGCACUUAAAGGGGCCCUUCUUGCCCUCUGUCGAGGUGGCCCCCCUGAGCAGAGAAGACUGGGAUGCCGUGCAGCUGCAUGCAGAGGCUCUAGAGGAUCAGGUGCUUCAGCAGCUCGCUGUCUGUACACCUGGCCGUCCUUUCCCGUUGUGGGUGGGCGGCAGCUCCAAGCCUGUCUUCUUGCGUGUCUGUACACCGCAGCUCGAGACACAGGAUGAGGACGAGCUAGAGCGAGGCCCCCCUCAGAAGCCUUUAAGGGGGCCCCUCGGGAGGCCCCCGUUCAUUCUUCUUAGUCAAAAUACAGAACUCCACGUGAGGCCCCUCGCACAAGCUGCCUUUCGUCGGGGCAGCCCUUCAGAAGUGGAGGGCGUUGAAGGCGACAAAAUCAAAAGAGACAUCCUCAGGGUUUUGCCGAUGCCAGAUGAACUAGUGGAAGAAAGCUGCAUGCAGGAGCGAUCCCCAGGGCCUCUUCUGGGGGUUUUUGAGGGGCCAGAGUCGAGCCGAAGCUGCUGCAGCUGCUGCUGCGGCAAAGAUGCCUCAAGAAAGCAGCCGGCCUGGCCAUAUAUCUGUUUGCUGCACCCACUGCAUGUAAAGGCACUGCAGCAGCAGCAGCAGUGGUUGUUGCCUGCCCUGCGGAGUCGACAGCCCCGGAAAGAAGCGGAGGGGACUGUCCCCUCCAGGACGGAAAGAGCACAGCAGCAGCGGCGGCUGACGCAGAGUAUCGCAGCAGCAGAGAGCCUGGCCCUUGUGUGCGUGCGGGGAGCAGCUGCUGCGGAGAGCCCGCAUGCUGGCAUUUGCGGCUGGCAGGGGGGCCACGCGAUGAUGCUUGCUGCUGCUGCUGCUGCUGUCCCGCUGGGCUGCCUGCGUCUACCGGCCUUCGUGCGUCGGCUCUACGGCUGGGCCCUCAGCAGCAGAGUGUGUGUGGAGUCUUGUGUCCAGCUGCCAACCCUGCCGUCCUGUCUCCUUUUGACUCCUCUUGUCUCAUCUUCUGUGCAUCUCCCACUCAGGGAGACUGAGGAACGGGACAAACACAGAGAAAGAGAAAGGCACUGCUGUAUGGGUCCCAGCAGUAACCCAAGGGAUGCCCUUACUGCUGCGCUUAUCCAAACUGAGCAAGGACGCAGAAAAUUGCUUGAGACAUUUCUAACACUACCUGACAAAAACGCAGCAGACGACAGGACCCUCGCUGCUGCUGUUGCUGGGACGGCAGCGAACGUUGGCUCUGCUGCUUCUGCGGCUGCUGCGGAGUUGCGUACUAACAGCUCAGAAGCAACUGAGGGGCAAGAGAGCCUACAGCUGGCCGUGUCUGCUUUUGCCAGUUUGCUGGGUCUAGCUCUUUGGGAUGGUGCCGUUGUUCGCCUGAGUGUAGAUCUCAGCAAAGAGGAUAUAAAGCGUAUAUCCAAUCGCACUGCAGGGAGGGAAGCCCCGGUGGAACUCCAUCAGCAAAAGGAGCAACAAACAAGUGAAUAUGCAAAUGGCACUAAUUGGACUAGUACUUGCGUUUUGUCCGCCGAUGCCUCUCCUUUUGCUGCGAUUGCAACAGAGCAGAAGGUAAAGGAGGGCCUUGUGGGGACCUCUUUGGGCCAAACAAGUCGGAGGCCCUCUGACUUUUCGUUCCGUGAAGAGCUCCAGGACCUUGAAGAAGGUCUUGGGGACCUCUAUGCGUCGUCAGAUUUAGAACCUGCACAGUGUGGAGGAGUUGCAGUAGGUGCUGUUACGGCGCAACCGCAUGAGGACUCCAGUAGCCAUCGUCGAAGAGAAGAUGGAGAUAAGCAAACAAAACUUUUAGAGCCUGCUGAACCUGCGGGACCCUCAGCACGACGGCAGGUGACCUCGUGGCCAGUUGGUGAGCCUCCGACCUUGGCGCAUCUUUCGCAUCUGUGCAGCAUCGUAGAAGAAAUAAGCUUGGAAGGCGCUAGGGGUGCUGAGCCGGUCGAGGAUGGUUUCAGUUCUGCUUGCUCCAACACAAAGAGUAUCGUUGCAAGGCCUGAGAGUACUAAUGGUGAGACCAUGGCGGAGCCUAGCGACAGGGCAAGCUCGCCACAAGCUUGUUGUGAGGUCACUGAGGACCCAGACGUGGUGCAUGUAAUUGUCGAUGUCGUAGUCUCCUUCAAUGCAGAAAAUACAAAAGACAAAGCGUCGCUCUUCCUUCCCUCCUUAGAAACAGAAGCGGCUCCACAGCGGCUGUCCCCCCAGUUCAACCAAGACAUGCCACUCGUCCUCGCCGCACUUUACCGUAGCCACUUUCAUCCCCGUCAGAUGCCGCUUACGCCUGACGUGGGUUGCGUACUGCUGAGUUCCGCCUUGCGCAAUUUAGUCCUUGAGGGCGGCUUAGCCGCUGAAGUGACCUCGCCUCUAGUGGUGCCUUCAGGGGCUGGAGACGCAAAGGAGCAUAUGCAUAGCAUCUGUCUUCCCCUUCGAUUUAUGAGGACUCCCACGGCGAAUGGAAUUCCAUGGGCGUUGGAACAGCCUAGUGACACCAGCAAGGAGGGGCCUGAGAAAAUGGGGCAUUGUGAAGUCUCCGGUGGGGGACUAGCAGUGGACGCUCACACAGCUAGGAACACUUCCGGGGUGAUUGAGGCCGCACAGCGCCUCUGGUGGCUUGCCCCACCCUCGGCCUUCGUGCAACCCCCAUCUGCAGUCUUGAGCGCAGAAAGUAGUGACAGUGGUGCAGAGACGCAACUUCUACGACUGCUGCAACAAGGCUGCGUGGAAGUCCCUUCGGCUGAGGUUCACUUUUGUCUGUGCAACUUCAAAGGCGGGUCUCGUUUGAAUCCCCUAGAUCAGCUCCUUUCUGUUGGUUGCUCCAUCGGGCCAUUCAUGAGAGACUUCAACAUGCUAAACGCUUUCGGUGCACAGCCCGCAGCACUGUCAAGAACAGGCAAGUCCUUGCGUGUUAAGCGUGAUGUGUAA